UUACUUGGACAAUUACGUUGUUGUUUUUUCGCUCACUCUCUUUCUUUUAUGUGUUGGCAUUUGGACGCUGACCCCAUAAAACAUUUGCAGUAAGUUAAUUAUUUUUCAACAUUUUUCCUCCGAAUUUUAUAGACCAUAGGCUGAUAUUAAAGCUCUAAGAGACAGGUAAAAGUUCACUUUUUGUCACCUGGGAUGCAGGAAAGGGAGAACUGAGGGUGAGAAAGAAGGUGUUACGGAAAAUGUCUGGAAUCUUAGCUCACUUUCUCAAAUAAGCAUCAUCUCUGCAACGUCUCGAUUGGAAUCUACACCAUCUGCCCCAUAGGAUCUGAUUUUCUUUCUUUACCACUUCAUUCAAACUCCCUUUUGUCAACAUGUGUGCACCAGAGCCCACCUGCCCCAUAAACGCCACCAUCUGCACGGGCACGUCCUGCCUGGUGCCCCGUGAUCCAUUCAAUGACAUCCUGAACGUGGUGAUGAGCACCACGCUUACCGUCAUGCUGGCCUUGGUCAUGUUUUCAAUGGGUUGCACCGUCGAAGCAAGAAAGCUCUGGGGGCACAUCCGCAGGCCCUGGGGCAUUUUCAUUGGUUUCCUAUGCCAGUUUGGCAUCAUGCCUUUCACAGCCUUUGCACUUUCAUUGAUUUUCAACGUGCUUCCAGUCCAGGCUGUAGUCAUCAUCAUCAUGGGCUGUUGCCCUGGAGGUUCCAGCUCCAAUGUUUUCUGCUACUGGCUCGAUGGAGACAUGGACCUAAGCAUCAGCAUGACAGCAUGUUCUUCAAUUCUGGCUCUGGGAAUGAUGCCUCUUUGUCUGCUCAUCUAUACCUCAGUCUGGACUUCAGGCGAUGCUAUCCAGAUCCCUUAUGAAAGCAUCGUAAUCACACUAGUGAGUUUACUUGUCCCUGUUGGUCUCGGGAUUUACACGAAACACAGGUGGCCCAAAGCAGCCAAAAAGAUCCUCAAGGUGGGAUCUGUGGUAGGAAUCUUCCUCAUCAUCAUCAUUGCAGUCAUAGGUGGUGUGCUUUAUCAGUCCUCAUGGACCAUUUCUCCUUCGCUUUGGAUCAUCGGUACCAUUUAUCCAUUUAUUGGCUUUGGUCUGGGCUUUCUCCUGGCACGUUUUGUGGGACAACCUUGGUACAGGUGCCGCACCAUUGCUUUAGAAACAGGCAUGCAGAACGCCCAGCUGGCCAGUACUAUUACCCAGCUGUCCUUCAGUCCUGCGGAGCUUGAGCUCAUGUUCGCUUUCCCCUUAAUCUACAGUAUCUUCCAACUGGUUGUAGCUGGGUUUGCAAUAGGAUUUUAUUACACGAUGAAGCGCUGUAGGCGGGGGACAUCGGCGGAGGAGAAUGGGGAAGGCACACAGAGCACAGUUGAGGAUCAGGAUAUGCAGAAUUAUGCCUUGGAGAAUGGUGGCUUUCACUGUGAUGAGAAUAGCAACACUGAGAAUAAGGACAAAGGUACAAAGUUGUGAGCUAAACGUCAUUCUGCUAACCUGUGUGACCGGAGCGGUCCACAUUGACCUUCUGGAGGCAUGAACUUUAAACAAGCUAUUCCAGCUCAACCAGAGAGUGUGUCGAUACACUCAACCCCAAAGUGGAUGCAUUUUCCUAUGUUAUAAAAACAAACCAAGAAAGCAUUAAAAUAUGUUUUUACGAUUAGUCUGCCAACAGGUUUAUUAAUACAAAGCUGUAUUUUGACUGUGAAUUGUGAGUUACGUUUUGUCUUUGGUUUGCAACUUUCAAUUAAUUUAAGAAAACAAACUACAUAUCCCAAGUAGGUUGAAUGUAGGCUAAUUUAUUUAAAUGUUACUUUGUAUACACAUAAUUG